GCAGGACAAGCCUGGAUCGAAGCAGGGCUGCAGCUGCAGCAGCGGGCUCGCGUCACGAACCGCCCAAGAACGGGCCGCCGCCGAAACCAAGAAGGAAACCCGCACGGAAUAUACCGCCGCCGGCGCCGAGGAUGCGACCGUGGCACUGCGCCGCCCCCGGGAAGUAGGCGACGACCAACAGCAGCGCACGAGCAGUUCUUGUUUCUUUGGGAGGAAUCCCGGUUCGUGUGGCCGCAGAGUGGCAUAGCGUUGCCGCGCGGUCCAGCAGCGGGUCCCCGACGGAGCUUCGGCGCAGCAGCCUCCUCAGCAACGGUGUCGCCGCCGCCGUCCGCGCUCCAAUGGUGGCAGCCCGGGGACGAUGCUCUGUAAAUGGAGGUUGCCCCCCGUGCGUCACCGCGUGAACGAGCCGGCCUAGGGGCGCCCGCCCUCCGCGCUAGGCCUGCAGCAGCUGCGGCGAAGGCCCACCCGCGGCCGAGAACAUGCGCCCGCGCCCCGGCGGCGUGUGCAGCAGCAGCAGCCUAGUGGGCCAGCCCUGCGCGCUGUGCGAGCCGCCCACCGCCGCGUUAUGAUGCUUCCCUUCGGAACACCCACGGCCCGGAAUCAAGACGAGCUUCUAGCUGCAGACACUUCUCCAAGGCGUAGCGGCCGCGGCGGCAGCGGCAAGAGCAGCAGCAGCAGCGGCGGGCAGCGCGGCGGCGACCGAGGAGGGGGCGGCGGGGCUUCCCCGGGCGGCCCGCAGCGAUGAUGCGCGGCGAACCCGCGUCGGCCGCCGCGCCGUCGCACGAGGGAGCCCCCCGCGAGCCGGAGGAGCCCGAGGAACCGGUGCAGUUGUUUCGGCCUUUCACGCGCGAGUCCCUAGCCGCCCAGGAGGCGCGCAUUGCCGAGGACGCUGCACGGAAGGCGCUGAUCGCCCAGCGCAUAGAAGAAGGCAUCCCGGCCGGCGACGACUACGUGCACCACUCGCGAGAGAACAAGGACGCCGAUCCGGACUUGGAAGCCGGCGGACCGCUGCCGAAGCGCAUCAUCAACGACUUCCCGCCCGAGCUCAUCGCCACGCCCAUCGAAGACAUCGACAAGUUCUACGAGAACAAGAGGACGUUCGUGGUCGUGAGCAAGAGCAAGGACAUCUUUCGGUUCAGCUCGACGAAUGCGCUGUUUCUGCUAAGCCCCUUCAACCCGGUCAGGAGACUGGCCAUCUGCAUCCUAGUGCACCCACUUUUCAGCUUCUUUGUCAUCGUAACCAUUCUCGUCAAUUGCGUCCUCAUGACCAUGCCCAGCAACGACAAAAUUGAACAAACGGAGACGAUAUUCACCACAAUCUACACGUUUGAAUCAUGUAUCAAAAUGAUUGCUCGAGGAUUUAUUUUAGAGCAAUUUACAUAUCUUCGAGAUCCAUGGAAUUGGUUGGAUUUUGUUGUUAUUUCUCUAGCGUAUGUUACAAUGUUUGUUAAUUUGGGAAACCUGAGCGCCUUGCGAACCUUUCGUGUUCUCAGAGCCUUGAAAACCGUAGCCAUAGUUCCUGGUCUCAAGACUAUCGUCGGAGCCGUGAUAGAGUCUGUGAAAAACCUCAGGGAUGUGAUCAUUUUGACAAUGUUCUCACUGUCGGUUUUUGCCUUACUUGGAUUGCAAAUAUACAUGGGGGUACUGACGCAAAAAUGCGUACUCAUACCCCCAGCCAAUCUCUCAGAUGCUGAAUAUGCAAGUUUCAUCGAUAAUGAAACAAAUUGGGCUACUGAUGAUGAUGGCAUGCAUCCAUUGUGUGGCAAUUCGAGUGGUGCAAAGCAAUGUCAAGAGGGCUACAUGUGUAUCCAGGGUAUCGGAGAAAAUCCAGACUAUGGCUACACCAAUUUCGAUACUUUUGGUUGGGCAUUUCUUUCGGCAUUCAGGUUAAUGACACAAGAUGCUUGGGAAUUAUUGUAUCAAAUGGUGCUAAGAGCGGCGGGUCCCUGGCACAUGUGUUUUUUCGUGGUGAUAAUAUUCUUGGGCUCCUUCUAUCUAGUGAAUCUGAUCUUGGCUAUCGUAGCCAUGUCGUAUGACGAAUUACAAAAGAAGGCCGAAGAGGAGGCGGAGGAGGACCGCCUUCUCGAAGAAGCCAUGCGGGCCGAAGAAGAGGCCCGCGCCGAAUUGGCGGCCGGCGGUCGGCCGCACGACCACGGCGACAACGGCCACGGCGGCGGUCAGGUGGUCAAGAGCCCCUCGGAGUUCUCGUGCCGCUCGUACGAGCUCUUCGUGGGUCAGGACCGGGGCGCUGAGGAUCCCAGGGACCUCCGGGAGCGGGCGAGCCUAAGGAGCGCAGACGCGGCUGCCGAGCAGCUAGACGACCUCUGCUACCCGGAGUCGCGGCCACGCUCCGCCGCCAACUCUAAGGUGCGGAAGGCCAGCCUGAGCCUACCCGGCUCGCCCUUUAACCUCCGUAGGGGCAGCCGCGGUAGUCAGCUGAGCGUGAGCUGGCGCAGUAACGGGCGUCGCCUGGGCGAUCGCAAGCCCCUCGUUCUGCAGACGUACCGGGACGCUCAGGAACACCUGCCGUAUGCCGACGACAGCAACGCCGUCACGCCCAUGUCCGAAGACAACGGCGCCAUCCUGCUGCCCAUGUACGCCAACCUGGCGUCGCGGCACUCCAGCUACACGUCGCACUCGUCGCGCCUGUCGUACACGUCGCACGGCGGGGACGUCUUCUGCCGAGGGGGCGCCGCGGCGGGCGCGGGACCCGGCGCCGGUGGUGUCCUCACCAAGGAGAGCCAGCUGCGCUCGCGAUCGCGAAACCUGCAGGGAUGCUACUACUACGAGGAAAUGACUCUGGAUGGGGAGGAAUGUUUGGCUGUGAAGAAGCAACCGGACAACCCUUUUAUUGAGCCGUCGCAGAGGCAAGGCCUCGUAGAUAUGAAAGACGUGAUGGUGCUAAACGACAUCAUCGAGCAGGCCGCGGGGCGCCAGAGCAAAGCCAGUGAGAGAGUGUCCAUUUAUUAUUUCCCCACAGAAAGGGAGGAGCAGGAGAGGCCCAAGUUCAAAGACAAGUGCAUGGCCAAUUGCUUGAAGUGUAUAGACAUGUUCUGCGUGUGGGACUGCUGUUGGUACUGGAUCCGGAUCCAGGAGAUACUAGGACUCAUCGUGUUUGACCCGUUCAUGGAGCUUUUCAUCACUCUAUGCAUCGUGGUCAACACGCUAUUCAUGGCCAUGGACCAUCAUAACAUGGACCCAGACUUUGAUAAUGUCCUCAAGAAGGGGAAUUACUUCUUUACCGCGACAUUCGCGAUAGAAGCUGGAAUGAAACUUAUGGCCAUGAGUCCAAAAAACUAUUUCCGCGAAGGCUGGAAUAUCUUCGAUUUCCUCAUCGUCGCGCUCUCCUUAAUUGAACUCAGUUUGGAAAACGUCCAAGGAUUGUCUGUGCUACGUUCUUUUCGUCUGCUACGUGUAUUCAAGCUAGCCAAAUCGUGGCCUACCCUUAACCUGCUCAUCUCUAUCAUGGGGAAAACCAUCGGUGCCCUCGGGAACUUGACCUUCGUCCUGGGAAUCAUCAUCUUCAUCUUCGCCGUGAUGGGAAUGCAACUCUUUGGCAAGAACUACGAAGAAAAUAAGCACAAGUUCAAAGAUAACCUGGUUCCUCGGUGGAACUUUGUUGACUUCAUGCAUUCAUUCAUGAUUGUGUUCCGGGUGUUGUGCGGGGAGUGGAUCCAGUCCAUGUGGGACUGCAUGUGGGUCUCUGGCUGGCCCUGCAUCCCCUUCUUUCUCGCUACGGUAGUCAUCGGGAACCUUGUGGUGCUCAACCUUUUCCUCGCCUUGCUGCUGUCCUCGUUCGGGGCGUCCAAUCUGUCUCAAGCGAAUCCCGACAGCGGCGACACUAAGAAAUUACAAGAAGCCAUUGACCGGUUUCACCGGGCCAGUCGGUGGAUCAAGUCCAACUCUAUGAAAGUUUUAAAGGCCUUUCGUCGGAAACCACGCAACCAGAUCGGGGACCAGACAACAGACAUUCGUGGUGGCGGCGCAGGCGAAGAGUUGGAGGCUGACCCGGGCGUCGCAAGAGAAGUGGUUCUCCUCGACGGCCGGGUGCCAAUGCGAGACAAAAAGCCCCAACACAACAACGACCUCGAGGUUGUCGUUGGGGACGGCCUCGAUAUCGCCAUUCAGGGUGAUGGCAAGGCCGUUAAAAUGAAGUUGAAAAACAACUCAAAGCCUGUGAUGAAUUCUGUUUGGGUGGGACCUAUGAUCGAGCCUAAGAACAAGCAGCUAGAGAAAGACAACAAGGAAAAGGAGAAAGAGGUGCAGGGUAAUAAGGUGUACCCGCAAAAGGACGAGGAUACCCUCAGCGAAAAGUCAGCGUCCAGCCCCAAGGAGAAGGCCCUCCUUGUGAACAAGCCGUCCAAAGACCUUAGCAACAGUUCCCUGUAUCUGGGAAAUAACCUCGAGGAGGAGAAGAAGGACGCCAGCAAAGAGGACCUCGGUACUAAGGAAGGAGAAGAAGCCCCCGCCGAAGAGCCCAUCAACCCGGACACGGAAGAUGUGGAUACAGACAAACUAGAAACGGCCACCUCGGACAUCAUCAUCCCCGAGUUGCCGGCCGACUGCUGCCCCGAUUGGUGCUAUACGCGCUUCGCCUUCGCUUGCUGUUACGACGAGAGCAAGGUAUUUUGGCAGCGCUACAAGAUCGUGCGCACCAAAGUGUUCGGGCUCGUGGAACACAAGUACUUCGAAACCAUCGUCGUCGUUCUCAUUCUCACCAGCAGCCUGGCGCUGGCGCUCGAAGACGUCAACUUGAAAGACCGACCUAUGCUCAAGGCUGUCCUCACAUACACGGACAAGUGCUUUACAGUGAUUUUUUUCUUCGAGAUGAUUCUCAAGUGGGUUGCCUUUGGCUUCAAGAAAUACUUCACCAAUGCCUGGUGCUGGCUGGAUUUUGUCAUCGUGCUCGUGUCCUUCUUUAACAUGGCCGUAGCCAUGAUGGGCUACGGACGAAUCCCCGCCUUUAAAACCAUGCGCACCCUACGGGCGCUCAGACCUCUGAGGGCGAUGUCCCGCCUGGAGGGAAUGCGCGUUGUUGUCAACGCCCUGGUGCAAGCCAUCCCAGCCAUCUUCAACGUGCUGCUGGUGUGCCUCAUCUUUUGGCUCAUCUUCUCCAUCAUGGGCGUCCAAAUGCUGGCGGGAAAGUUCUACCGCUGCGUCGAUGCCAAUGGCACGCGGCUGAACAGCUCCUUCAUCGCAAACCGCAAGGCAUGUGAAGCCAACAACUUCACUUGGGACAACCCCAUGAUCAACUUCGACAACGUCCUCAACGCAUACUUGGCCCUCUUCCAAGUGGCAACGUUCAAAGGCUGGACGGAUAUUAUGGACAAUGCGAUCGACUCCAGAGGCGGAAAAGAGGACCAACCAGAAUACGAAGCUAACAUCUACAUGUACCUAUAUUUCGUAUUCUUCAUUAUCUUCGGCUCCUUCUUCACCUUGAAUCUAUUCAUCGGUGUAAUUAUCGACAAUUUCAAUGAACAGAAAAAGAAGGCGGGAGGAUCGUUGGAAAUGUUCAUGACAGAAGACCAAAAGAAAUACUAUAAUGCCAUGAAGAAAAUGGGAUCCAAAAAGCCAGCCAAGGCAAUUCCAAGGCCCAGGUUCAAAAUCCAAGCAAUGGUUUUCGACCUGACUACAAACAAAAUGUUCGACAUGGCGAUCAUGAUCUUCAUUGCCCUUAACAUGACGGUCAUGGCGCUUGACCAUUAUAAGCAAUCCAGGUUGUACGAGUCCAUCCUAGAGCGGCUCAACAUCUUCUUCAUCGCUGUCUUCACAGCCGAAUGCCUGCUCAAAAUAUUCGCCCUGCGCUGGCACUACUUUCGAGAACCAUGGAACAUGUUCGACUUCGUAGUCGUCAUCCUCUCUAUUCUAGGUACGGUGCUCAAGGACCUGAUCGCGGCCUACUUCGUGUCGCCUACGCUGCUGCGUGUGGUGCGCGUCGUGAAAGUGGGCCGUGUGCUGCGGCUGGUCAAGGGCGCGCGGGGCAUCCGGACCCUGCUGUUCGCCCUGGCCAUGUCAUUGCCGGCGCUGUUUAACAUCUGCCUGCUCCUGUUCCUUGUGAUGUUCAUCUACGCAAUCUUCGGCAUGUCCUUCUUCAUGCACGUGAAGCACCGCUACGGCGUCGACGAGAACUUUAACUUCGAGACCUUCGGCCAGUCGAUGAUACUGCUGUUCCAAAUGUGCACGUCAGCCGGCUGGGACGGCGUGCUGGCCGCCAUCAUGGACGAGCAUGACUGCAACCGGCCCACCGACGAAUCGGAGGGCAACUGCGGCAAGCGGGGCAUCGCGGUCGCCUACCUCGUCUCGUACCUCAUAAUCAGCUUCCUCGUCAUCAUCAACAUGUAUAUCGCCGUCAUACUCGAGAACUACAGUCAGGCCACCGAGGACGUGCAAGAGGGCCUGACCGACGACGACUACGACAUGUACUACGAGAUCUGGCAACAAUUCGAUCCAAAGGGCACCCAGUACGUGGCCUACUCCAACCUGACCAACUUUGUGAAUGCGCUGGAGGAGCCCCUGCAGAUACCCAAGCCCAACAAGUACAAGCUGAUCGCCCUGGACAUACCCAUCUGCAAGGACGACAUGGUGUACUGCGUCGACAUCCUGGACGCCCUCACUCGGGACUUCUUCGCCCGCAAGGGCCACGCCAUCGAGGAGCCACCCGAGAUCACCGAGACCGUCAUACACCUGGACCGGCCGGGCUACGAGCCGGUCAGUUCGACGCUAUGGCGCCAGCGCGAGGAGUACUGCGCCCGCGUCAUUCAGCGGGCCUGGCGCCGAUACAAGGGAGGCGGCGGCGGUGGGGACGACGCCGCCUCCGACGGGGACCCUCCGACGGCGGCCACCGCCCAGCAGCAGACGGCCAUAGUGGUGGACAGCGACGGUCACGUGACACGCAAUGGACACCGUGUGGUGCUGCACUCGCGUUCGCCCAGCGUCGCCAGCCGCUCGACGGACGUGUGACAAGAGU